AUGAGGUCGAUUGUUACUGCAGGUCUGCUGGCCUUUGCUGGCUCAGCAGUGGCUCAGGACUUCUCACACGAAGGCAACUUCGGAGCACCAUUUCCGAACACAACCUACCCGGGCUUCGAGUCCAGCAACCCCUACGCUGUAGCAGGCAGCCUGGCCAACCAGACGAGUCCACCAAAGUAUCCUUCGCCAUGGGGAGCAGGCACUGGCGAAUGGACGGCAGCCUAUACUAGGGCGAGAGCAUUUGUUAGCCAACUCACGUUGGAAGAGAAGGUGAACUUGACGACAGGCACUGGCUGGGAGCUGGAUAGAUGUGUAGGCCAGACGGGUUCAAUCCCUCGUCUUGGAUUUCGCGCUAUGUGCCUGCAGGACAGUCCAGUUGGAAUCAGAGAUACAGACUUCAACUCUGUCUUUCCUGCUGGUGUCAACGUGGCAGCGACGUGGGAUAGAGGUGUUGCAUAUGCUCGUGGACGAGGUAUGGGUCAAGAGCACAAGGGCAAAGGUAUAGAUAUGCAACUCGGCCCCGUUGCUGGACCUCUGGGCCGAACACCAGAAGGUGGCAGGAACUGGGAAGGCUUCUCCCCCGACCCAGUCCUCACCGGCCAGAUGUUCGCGCAGAGCAUCCAAGGCAUCCAAAGUGCAGGUGUGAUGACGAGUGCGAAGCACUAUAUUGCCUACGAGCAGGAGCACUUCCGUCAAACCUCUGAUGCCGAGUCCUUCGGCUUCAACAUCUCUGAGCCUGAUUCAGCCAACCUGGACGACGUCACGAUGCACGAGCUCUAUCUUUGGCCCUUCGCCGAUGGCGUGAAGGCAGGCGCUACGUCUGUGAUGUGCUCGUACAAUCAAGUCAACAAUUCGCAGGCUUGCCAGAACUCUUAUAUCCUGAACUACUUGCUGAAGGGCGAGCUAGGCUUUCAAGGCUUCGUAGUCUCUGACUGGCUCGGCACUCACUCUGGCGUCUCCAGCAUCCUCGCCGGCCUAGACAUGACCAUGCCAGGUGACGGCAACGCCUACGACUCAGGCGACAGCUACUUUGGCGCCAACCUCACUGUUGCUGUCCUCAACGGAACUGUCCCAGCCUGGCGACUGGACGACAUGGCCGUCCGUAUCAUGGCUGGCUUCUACUUUGUCGACACCAACGCCUCACGACCAGACAUCAACUUCUCUUCUUGGACUACCGACACUUAUGGUUACGAGCACUACCAUGUUGGCGAGGGCUACACGGAGAUCAACGGCCAUGUCAAUGUCAUUGCCGACCAUGGUGCCUUGAUUCGUGACAUUGGGUCUCGGAGCACAGUGCUGUUGAAGAAUGUCAAUAAUACUCUGCCCUUGAAUGGCCGCGAACCUCUCACUGCUGUUUUUGGAAGCGAUGCAGGCCCAAAUAUCGAUGGUCCGAACAGCUGUUCCGAUAGGGGCUGUGACAACGGCACGCUUGGCAUGGCUUGGGGAUCAGGGAGCGCCAACUUCCCAUACCUGAUCACGCCCGACACUGCCAUACAGAACACGGUGCUGAAUGCGGGUGGCGUGUACGAGUCAAGCCUUGAUAAUGGCGCCAUCACAGCCAUGGCCGCCCUCUCGCGUCGUGCUAACGCCUCCAUCUUCUUCGCCAACGCCGACUCUGGUGAAGGCUACAUUCAAGUCGACGGCAAUCUCGGCGACCGAAACAAUCUCACGUUCUGGCAGGGUGCCGAUGCUGCUUUGUCUACCGUGGCUGCCAACUGCAAGAACACGAUACUCGUCGUCCAUUCUGUGGGCCCAGUCUUGCUUGAAGGAUGGAAGAACCAUCCCAACAUCACUGCGAUCCUGUGGGCUGGUGUACCAGGUCAGGAAACCGGAAACAGCAUCGCAGAUGUGCUAUAUGGUCGUGUCAAUCCUGGCGCUAAGCUGCCCUUCACCAUUGGGGCUAACAGGACUGACUAUGGCACGGACAUCCUGUACACUCCAAACGGAGAUGUACCACAGAUCCAAUUCACCGAGGGCAACUUCAUCGACUAUCGUGCUUUUGACCAGCAUAACACAACGCCUACGUACGAAUUCGGCUUUGGCUUGUCUUAUGCCACAUUCAAGUACUCGAACCUGCGUAUCACCAAGCUCAAUGUGUCGGAUUAUGUGCCAUACAGCGGCUACUCAACUGCAGCACCAACUUAUGGCAACUCCAGCUACUCGUCCUCUGCCCACCUAUUCCCAUCGAACUUCACUAGAGUACCGCUGUACCAGUACCCCUGGCUGAACAGCACAGACCUCACCAAGGCCUCCAAUGACCCUCAUUACGGUGCAGAUGGCUUAGUGCCAGAAGGCGCACAGAAUAGCUCCGCCCGGCCAAUCCCACGAGCAGGUGGCGCACCAGGCGGUAAUCCAAUGUUAUACGACAUCCUCUACCAAGUCGAAGCGACAAUCACGAACACAGGAUCUCUUGCUGGCGAAGAAGUACCCCAGCUCUACAUCAAUCGCGGUGGGCAGUAUGAUCCGGUGCGUGAGCUCAGAGGAUUUGAGAGACUCUCGAUUCAGCCGAAUACAACGACUACCUUCCACGUUGAUAUCACGCGGAGGGAUGUCAGUAGCUGGGACCCUGUGAUGCAGGACUGGUUCAGGCAGAAUGCUACGCAGAGGGUAUUUGUUGGCAGUUCGAGCCGUGAUUUGCCUUUGCAGGGCGUGCUUGCUUGA